UUUUUAAUCGCAUAUCGGAGGUCUUGUACCCAAGUGUAUCUCAAAUAGGGUUGCUUCCCCAACUGGAGCCAGUGAUCGAGCCAAACAGUUUUCUUGCUCGCCAAUCUUUGCUCCUAUGAGCUAUCGCUUCAAGGACUUCGUCUAGCAUCUCAUGCUUCCUACGGCGGUUUGUUGUGGGUUGGAGUCUUCAGUAAACUAUAAUACAUAACGUAAACUUCACUGCCGAGGCGAUGGCGCUUCCUAUCGGGAAGUUAACAAUCCUCGUCGGCGCAGGUCUUGUUGGUUCCAUUCUUGCAAAAGAGGGUCGAAUGUCAAGUGUUUCUGAUUUUGUAUCAGGCACGCUGAAGAUAUUUUAUAGGCAACUUAAACAAGACGAUUCAAGUUCAUCUCCUUCGGUUAAGAAGCCACACAACAAUGCUUUAUUGGAACAGGUUAAUAUCCUUCGGCAGGAGCUGCAAAUGAUAACGUCUAAUAAACCAAUUACAAUCAUAACAUCAAGUGGGACAGGUGCAACAAGAUAUGGUUUAAUUAUUAUUGUUGUUGUUGUCGGAUCUGGCUAUGUUUGGUGGAAGGGUUGGAAACUUCCUGAUAUGAUGUUCGCAACGAGGCGUGGUUUAUCUGAUGCUUGCACAUCUGUAGCCAAACAGCUGGAGAGCGUUUAUUCAUCUAUCUCGGUUACAAAGCGGCAUUUAUCUUCAAGAAUUGAUCGUGUGGAUGCUUCUUUGGAUGAGUUUGCAGAAAUUAAUGCUCAAACUGAUAACGAGGUGGUUGUACUGCAAAAAGGAUCAGAAAGGAUAGGGAAAGAUGUCAGGAGUGUUCGUGACGCUGUUGUAACUCUGGAAAGUAAAAUCCUCCGAAUAGAAGGGAGACAGGAUGAAACGAACAGAGGAGUAAAGAAAUUGUGCACUGUGGCCAUGACUUUGGAAAAUGGCAGACCGACAGAGCGUAUCCAGAGUGGAUCUGUUCCUCCUGCUUUAUCACUUGAACCACCGUCUCCUGCUGUUUCUAAUGGAUCUUUUGAGGGUACUAAUGGAGAAUCAGAAGUGGUUGAUGCGUGCAGCACACCUAGUCCUAGGGUCCUAAAUGGGUUCAGUGCCAUAGAAGACACGAACAAUGGCUCUUCUAGUUCUGGUUUGUUUGGGUCCAGAAUUCCUGGUGUCAAUGCUUCACUUCUUACCCGAACACGCAGUGCGAUUAAUGCAGUGCCGCAGCAAUGGCGUUUAAGUAGACAGCGAUCUUGAGAAUCGAAUUCAUUGAUAUGCAGCUGUGCUAUUUAGAAUUUAUAAAGGUUGUCCGGAACCUGUGCCCCUGGAUAUCAAAUAUAGUUGAAGGUGCCCUUGCCAAAUUUAUUUAUUGAGGUAGAACUGGUACUAAAUUUUGUAGAUGGGGUGUUCUUGUUUAGAAGUUUCGGUUGGUAUCGUUCUUGAUACAUGUAACUUCA